AAACGCAAAAGUGGUCCACCUGCCAUGGUUGGAGGACAGUUAACCUAAUGAAUGAAAUCUAAAGUGAAAGAGUUAAAGAGAGUACAAAUUGGUAAACCCAAAUAUUAGCAUAUACAGAGUGUACACCGUCUAAAUUAAGAAAGCAAAGAGAUAGAGAAAGUUGUGAACUUUUCAGAAAUGGGUGCUGCGGAAUCAGUCUCGGAAAAUUCCAUCCAUGAAUUCUCGGUCAAGGAUCCCAAGGGAAGAGACGUGAACCUCACCACCUACAAGGGGAAGGUUCUGCUUGUAGUUAACGUUGCUUCAAAAUGUGGAUUUACGAAUUCUAAUUACACCCAGUUAACUGAGCUUUACGGCAGAUACAAAGCCAAAGGUCUUGAGAUACUGGCAUUUCCAUGCAAUCAGUUUUUGAAGCAACAGCCGGGGAAUAGCCUGGAGGCAGAGCAAUUUGCCUGUACAAGGUACAAGGCCGAGUAUCCCAUUUUUGGAAAGGUACGUGUCAAUGGACCUAACACAGCACCUGUCUACAAAUUCCUUAAAGCAAAUAAAUCAGGAUUUUUGGGUUCUAGGAUAAAGUGGAAUUUCACCAAGUUUCUGGUUGACAAGGAAGGGAAAGUCCUAAAGCGUUAUGGUCCAACCACCUCACCGCUGUCCAUUGAAAAGGACAUCAAGAGGGCAUUGGGGGAGGCUUGAAAGACUCUACAAUCACUUCAAAUUGGUGCUCUCUUGUUGAAGAUGAUUGAAACACAAGGAAUGUAUAUUUGUAGAUGUUUCUUCUAGUGUUGAUUUCUUAUAUAUUUCAUGUCUAGGGCUUUAGAAUUCUGUUUUGGUUUUAUGAUGUAAAUCGUUACUUAAACUGAUUAAUGAACAUUAGUUUGAGUUGUUUGUUUUGAUGA